AUGUCUACGCCUUUCCCCAGUGAUAAAACUGCAAAGCAGGCCCCCGAAAGCGUCCCACAACCCGUCAAAGGCGCUGAAAAUCCCAGCCUUGUCGACCCCUCGGAUGCGCUAGGUUUUCCCGAAGGUGGUUUUACCGCUUGGGGCACAGUGCUAGGCGCUUCCUUGAUCCAAUUCUGUGGCUUUGGAUAUAACGGCGCCUACGGCGUCUUCCAGGGCAAGCAUAUUUACUUUUACACUCAAACAUACCUAACCAAUUCCACACCAUCUGCAAUCGCCUGGAUAGGAAGUGUUAAUGCGUUCUUGAUAUUAUCAGUUGGUAUCGUGUCAGGAAGGAUGGUUGACCAGGGCGCAUUUUACUCUGUGAUGAGAAUUGGUUGUCUCCUCCAAUGCCUCUUCUUCUUGAUAUUGUCCCUAGCGAAACCAGAUGAGUAUUAUCAAGCAAGUCUCGUUUCUAUAUUCCUUUUCCAAGGUAUCGGUCUCGGUAUUGCAAUAGGCCUCACAAAUGUUCCGUCCAUCGCCAUAGUAUCGCAUCACUUCCAGCGACGCAGAGCUGUUGCGAUGGGAAUUGUCGUUGCGGGGUCGUCACUGGGUGCGAUCUUGCACCCUGUCAUGCUCAACAAUCUUAUCAAUGGAAGGCUUGGCUUUGCAAAUGGUGUCCGUGCAAGCGCGGCCCUGAAUGGUGGCCUGCUUUUUAUCGCAAAUCUCUUGCUGCGAACAAGGCUUCCACCGCAACCAAAGGCCGUCAGCUACACCCGCGUUCUGCGAAACUCGUCGAGAGAUGGCGCUUACAUGUGUGCUUGUGUAGGGAUGGCUGCUUUUGAAUUUGGGUACUUCUUCGAAACCUUUUAUCUUCAGUUAGAUUCCACCCUGCAUGGUCUAAGUCAAGGAUUUUCGUUUUAUUCACUCACAAUUUUUAGUUCUGGUUCUUUCAUCGGAAGACUUACUGUGGGUUUUGUCUCUGCCUACGUGGGCAUCAGGGGGCCGUUCUGGAAUCACGUAUCUGGAUUGACCUGAUUGACCGGUCAGGUCCACGCACAAACUUAUAAUACCACAGGUAAGAUUGCAUGGAGACAUUCAAGAUGAAGAAAAUAUUGCAGGCAGUCUAAUUUACCUGCCCCCACAUCGCUGCCACCACCUCAGCCACCACCGCCGCCGCCUCCACAUCCACCACCCCCACCUCCUCCUCCACAUCCGCCACCACCACCUCCUCCGCAUCCACCACCA